UUCAAUUUAAGUGGCAUACAUGAUACAACCUUAUGUUAAUAAUUAUAUGUUUAUAUUGGUAUGCUAUGACCAAAUGGGCAAUAUCUAUCUAUGUCCAUACCAUUAUGGCGUUCGGUAUCGCCUUUCUGAAAGAGUUGAUCCAUCAAUUAUUAAUUGUUGUGUUCAAUCAAAAUAAAUGAAUAACCUUAAAACCCCAAAAAGUGGAACGAAGAAAGGAGAAAACUUGCUCACCGGAGGAAUCAAUUCCCAGCUUGGAAUGAUGUUGGCAAGAACUGAGAAUGAAUAGCAGAGAAUUUCACUGUCUUGCGUUAUUUAGCAAAUGCAAAUCUCUUAGAACUGUUAAGCAAAUCCAGGCUUUUACAUUCAAAACAGGCUUAAAUUCCGAUCCACUAGUCUCCGGAAAGCUUCUUCUACAUUGUGCAGUCACACUUCCUGAUUCUCUGCACUAUGCUCGACGCAUUUUCCUCGACAUUCGAAACCCAGAUGUGUUUAUGUACAACACUCUCAUCCGUGGCCUUUCCGAUUCCGACACUCCCUCCAAUGCCCUUCAACUGUUUGUUGAAAUGCGUCGCAAAUCCAUGGCUUUACCCGAUAGUUUCUCUUUUGCUUUUCUACUCAAAGCCGCCGCUAAUUGCAGGGCUCUGACCAAUGGGUUGCAGUUGCAUUGCCAAGCUGUUGGUUAUGGCCUGGAUUCCCAUCUUUUUGUUGGGACAACGCUGAUUAGCAUGUAUGCUGAAUGUGCAAGUUUGACCUUUGCACGCAAGGUGUUCGAUGAAAUGAUUGAACCGAAUAUUGUUGCUUGGAACGCCAUUGUUGCUGCGUGUUUUAGGUGCGAGGACGUUAAGGAUGCAGAGCAAGUGUUUCGUUGUAUGCCCAUUAGAAACUUGACCUCGUGGAACAUCUUGCUUGCAGGGUACGCAAAAGCAGGUGAGCUUCAGUUAGCUAGGGAGGUGUUUAUGAAAAUGCCUUUGAAAGAUGAUGUUUCGUGGAGUAGUAUGAUUGUUGGGUUCGCUCAUAAUGGCAACUUUAACGAUGCUUUCGCAUUUUUCAGGGAGUUAAGGCGAGAAGGGAUGAGACCAAAUGAGGUAAGUCUCACAGGUGCGCUUUCUGCAUGUGCACAAGCUGGGGCAUUCGAGUUUGGAAGAAUCCUACAUGCGUUUGUUGAAAAAUCUGGCUUUCUGCAGAUUAUUUCAGUGAAUAAUGCACUGAUUGAUACCUAUUCUAAAUGUGGGAAUUUGGAUAUGGCUCGGUUGGUCUUUGACAAUAUGCUUGGAAGGAACGCCGUCUCUUGGACAGCCAUGAUUGCGGGGAUGGCAAUGCAUGGCUACGGGGAAGAAGCAAUCAGAUUAUUUAAUGAGAUGGAAGAGUCUAAUAUUAAGCCCGACAGUAUUGCCUUCAUAUCCAUCUUGUAUGCUUGUAGCCAUGCUGGAUUAGUUGAUUUGGGAUGUUCUUAUUUUUCUAGGAUGGUAAAUACUUACGGUAUUGAACCCGUAAUUGAACAUUAUGGUUGCAUGGUUGAUCUUUAUGGUCGAGCUGGUAAGCUGCAGCAAGCUUAUGACUUUGUGUGUCAAAUGCCAAUUUCACCGAAUGAUAUUGUCUGGAGGACUCUUCUUGGAGCUUGUAGCAUUCAUGGUAACUUAGAUCUGGCAGGGCAAGUAAAGAGACAACUCUCUGAACUUGACCCUGAAAAUUCUGGAGAUCAUGUACUUUUGUCAAACAUUUAUGCCGUUGCAGGGAAAUGGAAGGAUGUUGCCGCUUUAAGAAGAUCAAUGACUCAUCAAAGACUCAAGAAAACUCCAGGUUGGAGCAUGAUUGAAGUCAACAGAAUUAUGUAUAGUUUUGUUGCAGGAGAAAAGCAAAAUGACAUAGCAGUAGAAGCUCAUCAAAAGCUAAGGGAGAUAAUGUCGAGACUAAGGAUAGAAGGAGGUUAUGUUCCAGAAGUUGGAAGUGUUUUGCAUGAUAUAGAAGUAGAAGAAAAGGAAGACUCUGUUUCACAACACAGUGAGAAACUAGCAGUAGCUUUCGGGAUGGCGAAGCUGCCAAGAGGAAGAGUCAUAAGAGUGGUUAAGAAUUUAAGAAUUUGCAGGGACUGUCACACUGUAAUGAAGCUGAUUUCUAAGGUCUAUGAAGUAGAAAUUGUGGUGAGAGAUAGAAGUCGUUUCCACUCUUUCACACAUGGUUCUUGUUCGUGCAGAGAUUACUGGUAAUUAGUCAAGAGAACUACACUUCAAAUUAGUAUCCUAUAUCAAAAGGGGAAGCCUGCUUGAUCAGUGGAAGCACAAUAGAUCACUGUCCCUUAAGAAAGUUGGCAAGACCAAAGAAUAUUGUCAAGUAAUAUAUUGUUUUAUGGAAUGUUACAAUCAAGGGAGGUACUGAUGUUUGAGCACUUAAGCACAUUCAUGUUGCCUUCGUUGUGAUUUACAACUAUGAUUACUAAAUUAAAAGUCUCACCUUUAAUUUUGCAA